UACACCUCAGUUGCACUGGAAGCGAGGGACGGUCGACACGCGUGUGGAUAGAAGAGAAGAGAAAGAACCAGUACUUCGCUCUAAAGUGGAUUUGGGAUUGUAUGUACAACAUGACAUUUGAGGAAAUAAGUGGGGAUAACUCUCAAGAAAGAAUGGAUUCAGUGGCGAAAGCUUUGGAAGAGGUCCUGACCAGAGCCUUACCACAGGGCUGCAUUACUGUGGGCGUCUAUGAGGCAGCCAAGUCCCUCAACGUGGACCCUGACAAUGUGGUGCUGUGCAUCUUAGCGGCCGAUGACGAAGACGUGAAAGACGUGGCCCUGCAGAUCCACUUCACGCUCAUCCAGGCUUUCUGCUGCGAGAACGAUAUCAACAUCCUGAGAGUGAACAACACCCGGCGCCUGGCUCAAAUUCUGGCGGCGGGAGGAGGAGGCGGCGGAAGGCAGAGUGGGGGCGAGCCCGUGGACCUGCACUGUGUGCUUGUCACUAGCCCUGACUCUUCCUCGUGGAAGGACCCUGCGUUGAGCAGAGUCAACCGCUUCUGCGGGGAGAGCCGGUGUAUGGACCAGUGGGUGCCCAUCAUCAACCUGCCCGAACGAUGAAAACGAAAGAAGAAAACAUAUGAAAGGACGUUAAAUCUUGCACGAGAGUGGACGUAUUUCAGCUGCAGAUCAAAAGUUCCGAAGCACUACUCGGGUCGGAUUGAUGAAAAAAAAAAGACAGACCCUGUUAUGUUGUUGGGAUGAAUUUAAAAAGGCAAAAAAAGGUGGGACGGGGAUUUCCACUUGUUUUGGGGUUAUGUCUGUCUGUUGUGGCAAACAGCCCCCGUGUCGUCACGGGUGACGAAAAUGGAGUCAACUGGUUUGCUUUUGUUGGCGUCGAAGCCGGACGCGGCGCAGGCAGCAGGAUUACAUCAUACGUGACCGCCGGUGAUGCUUCACAGCCUCCGUGACACGUUUCAGGAAAAGCGGAGCAUCAGCCGGAACCCUGAGGUGAAUGAGGCCUCGGCGUCUCUGCUCAAACAAAGCACUUAAAACACUGGACCUUUAUUAUUUGACUUAAUAUUUCAUUCAACUGUUCAUAUUGAUGUUGCUGUAAUUUAAAAAGGGAAGGGCUUUUGGACAUCCAGUGAAGUGUGUAUUUAAUAAUUCCUAUGCCAAGUACAAUUGUUGUGUUAUUAAGUUAUUUUCAAAUAUAUUUAAGUAUAUUUAUGUUGGUUGUUUUUUUUUUUUUUUUUUUUUUUACAUUUGCAGAA